AUGAUGCUUCGUACUAUCUGCACUUCCAGCCUACCUUUAAUCACAAGGCUAGCUCCGAGGGCUGCAAUGACCCACUUGCCCGCCACAAUGCUGCUCAUCCGUCGUCAUUACAAUAACAACGCUUCAUCCCAAAGAACGAUCUUCGAUACUGAUCAUGACGAGGAGGAACGACGCCAUCUCGCUGAAGCCAACAAGAAGCAGCAGCUACCAGACGACAAACCUUGGGAUGGUGAUGAGCCUGUGAAUCACUCUGUCCUGAGAAUGAUCAUGGAUAAAUACCGUGCUCCAUUAAGAGUAGAAGGUGCUGCGCGCAGAAAUAUACCACAACCUCAAUCAUCCUAUGUACCACCGCCACCACCUCAGAAAGACGAAAAGAGCUCUCAACUCAAGAAGAUAGAGCGGGAACAAAAGGAACGACAACGAAAGCAGAAUCGAAUCAUGAACGCCAAAGACACUGCUUUCGACUAUGCCAUGAAUAGAAAAUACCCCAUGGAUGAAGAGAAAGCACAUGUAGCCGAGAACAUUGUGAGGUCGCAAGCAAAGAAGGAUGUCGACUGGGAAGACUGGGAUUUGGAGGAGAAGCCUCGACAUAUCAACGAAUUGGGUCUCUUGUCUGACGCUCGCAUUCGAGCUGCGAGAGUUAGAGGUGAAUUUGAUGAUCUGCCUGGUCGUGGUAAGCCUAUAGCAGAGGACCCGCUUUUGAACAACCCGUUUGUCGAUCGCACAGAAUACUUCCUUAACCGUAUUAUUCAGCGAAAUGGCGCUGCUCCUCCUUGGGUCAUGAUGCAGCAAGAAGUGGACACAGAAGUCUCGUCGAUACGCUCUCAAAUGAAUUCUGCCAUCAAGCGCUGUGUGGAUCAAGUCAAGCACGAGAGAUCCGUGGUGAACAAAUCUUUGGUGCUUGCGCAAUUCGACAAGAUGGAAAAGUCUUAUUUGAAUAAGGAAUUGGGUCGAGUGAACAUGCGAGUGAGAAGCUACAAUGUCAUGUGUCCUGCUCCUGUCAGAAAACCCUUAUUGGAAUUUGAUAGUGAAAUUAAGUCUGUUAUAGAAAAAAUUAGCUUAAAUUGA